CAUUUCAUUGCCAUUGCACGACACGUGUCCCAACUCAACGGCAUCCAUAUGUAUAAGGGCAAGGAAAUCGCAUCAAUCAAUCAUCGUCGAUUAACAAGUUAAGUGCGUGAAUUCACCAAUGGGUACUGCACGAACUGUAGGAAUUGUUGCGAUCUUCUACAAUGACGAACCCUAAGGUCUUCUUCGACAUGUCGGCCGGCGGCGAACACGCCGGUCGAAUCGUGAUGGAGCUAUUCACCGAUACGACGCCGCGCACGGCUGAAAACUUCCGAGCUCUCUGCACCGGCGAGAAAGGAACCGGACGGAGCGGCAAGCCACUUCACUACAAGGGGUCGUCAUUCCACCGAGUUAUCCCGGGGUUCAUGUGCCAGGGCGGCGAUUUCACUGCAGGGAACGGAACCGGAGGGGAAUCGAUCAACGGAUCGAAGUUUGCCGACGAGAAUUUCAUCGAGAAGCACACCGGACCGGGCAUUCUCUCCAUGGCGAACGCUGGACCGGGAACGAACGGUUCGCAGUUCUUCGUAUGCACGGCGAAGACGGAGUGGCUCGAUGGAAAGCACGUGGUGUUCGGGCAGGUGGUGGAGGGAAUGGACGUGGUGAAGGCGAUUGAGAAGGUCGGAUCUUCGAGUGGAACGACGGCCAAGCCUGUUGUGGUCACUGAUUGUGGUCAGAUUUCUUGAAUUAGGGUUUAGUUUUUUCUAUUUUGAUUUUUGAGUUUCGUUCAGUCUCAAUCCAUGGGAAGUGAAUUUUUUUUUUUCCAACCCC